ACCUUUUUCAACACCAAUACAAUUAUACAAACACGCACCCGCCAUCCAAGUAAGAUUCAGCCUUAAUAUCAACAGAAGUUUGUACGAGGGGAGAAUUCACAAAAGAAAAGAAAAAGAUGGUUCUUCGAUACACUUAUCCAGUCCUGUUAUGUAUAUUGAUUUUAAUGCAGGGCCGCUGGGGAUAUGCAGUGAAGGACGAAAUUUUCCGGGAAAAUGAAACGAAAAUUUCCCAUCACAUUAAAAGCGCAGAGGUUGGGUUAUUCACCAUGGAUGAACUCCUUAAUUUUCACGUUGGUCAAAAACUCCCCAUCUUCUUCCCCAUCCGAAACCUCUCACUGUACCCACCUUUCUUUUUGCCCCCAAAAUACCAAAAUAUCAUCCCUUUCAUAAAACCCGCUGCCAUGUUCAACCUCUUCAAGGUCCCACCGUCUUCCCCAAAAGGUAAAGCCUUUUUGGGUACUUUAUACUCAUGCGAUUCCAUCAAUGGCGAAACCACCAAAAUCUGCGCCACCUCUUUGGACUCCAUGCUCGGUUUCGUUAAAAAAGCUUUCGGACCCGACGUUGAUUUCAAGUUCAUCACCACGACCCACCCGACGUUAACGACUCCGGUGUUCCAGAACUACACCGUUUUGGAACCUCCGGUGGAGAUUGUAUCGGUGAAGAAAGUGCCUUGCCAUCCGUUCCCGUAUUUUUAUGCCAUUUAUUUUUGCCAUACGGAUUUAAACUAUGAAACCAGAGCUUUUAAACUCCGGCUUGUCGGCGACGGCAGUGGGGACGAAGUGGAGGCUGUCAUCGUUUGUCAUUUGGAUUCCAAGAAUUUGAGCUCCGAUCAUUUGGUGUUUCGAAUGUUGGGUGUCGAGAAAGGGAGCUCUUAUUGCCAUGUUUUUCGACAAGGUGAUAUUUUAUGGAUUCAGCAGCAAACCUCCGGUGGUGGUGUCGCUGCCGUGUAAUGAAAUUUCCGGUGACUCUGUUUUACUUUUGUGGUGUCGUUUUGUGUUCUUUGGUUUAAUAAUAAUUAUGUUGUAAAUCUGCAAUAAUUCAGUGGGAUUGUUUUACGAUGGGCGUUUCCUAUAUAGAGAUUUUGGAUUUUUUUAA